AUGAAGAUUACGUUAUCUUUUCCUUUCUCUCUUUAUUAUUUGUUUUCUCUUUUCUUUCUUUUUUACUUCAUUCUUGCUUACUCUUUUUCAAUUUAUUUCUCUCGUUUUGAAACUUUUUUCUUUUUCUCUUUCUUAUUUGAUUUCUUUUUUUCUUUUUCUUUCAUUCUUUCUCACGUCCUUUUUUCUUCUCUCUUUCCUAGUCUCUUUCAAUUUAUUUCUCCCGUUUUGAAGCUUUUUUUCUUUGUUUUUUCCUUUUUCUCUUUCUUAUUUGAUUUCUUUAUUCUUUUUCUUUUUUUUUUACUUCAUUCUUCUCUUUCAAUUUAUUUCUCUUCCACUCACUGUCUUUCUAUUUCUUCAAUAUUUUUCUUUCUUUCUUUAUCCGUCAUUAUUUUCUCUCUGCCCCCAAACCUCGAUAUAAAAAUCCCUCAAUGUAGCCAUAAAUCGUUCAGUCUUCCUUUCUUUGAUCGAUCCCCUUGA